AUGCCUGCAAGAGGACGAGGAAGACGUGGUGGUGGCCGUGGUGGCCGUGGAAGGGGAAAUGCAAAGGCCUCUGGAAGGUUUAGAAACAAUAACUCCAAAAAGCAGAAAAGUAAAGGUACUUCUAACAACCACAGAAAACCUCCUUCAGAUGCUCCUGAAUUGAUGGAUCUCUCCCAAGGUGUAUAUAUACCCGAGGUUGGGGGUCCUAAGUCCAGCAUGAGGUUUCUUUCAAGAAGACCUGAACGAUCGAUGAUGGCUGAAGCACUUUACACCGGUGCCCAUAUGGAUGAAACCAUGCGUUUGCCGUUGAGAAAGCGACCCAUUGAAUUUGUCAAGGCAAAAGAAGUAUAUGAUCCAAAUAACGAGUUGCAGCGUAAGUUUAAGGAAGUGACUUUAGAAGAGACUGAGGAGAACAAGAUAGAGGAACCGGAAGGUAUUAUGGAUGGAAAUGUGUCUAGUGAAGAGAAUGCUACAGACGAAGAGGGAGAAGUUUCUGUUCAAGAAGAUGUUAUAAGAGAAAAGGAAACUUCCAAGCAAAUUUCCAGUGAUGACGAUGAAAUAUCCGAAUACUCAUCUCAAGAGUCUUCCGAUACAAAAGGAACAACGCCCAAAGAAGUGGAGUUUGUGAUUGACGAGGAAGGAGAUGCCCUGAUAGAUGUCUCAGGUAUACCCAAGCCAAAAGUGUCGUUGUUGAUGCCAACAGUACCAAAACAUACCGAGGCUUCCAGUGCUCUUGAACAUGACAGCACGUUAACCAUUGGUAAAGUGACUCUUCAAACAAUGAUAAACGAACAUGGCGAAAUGGAAACUGAAUUAAUGGCCAUCAACCUGUUGAACAAAGUUGCUAAACUGGGAUUUUUCGAUGAAACCCUAUUACGUUUCGAAAGUGAUUCAGACGAGGAAGAAGAAGUGGAUUACGAUAGUGAUCCUAUGGGUUAUAGAGACUACAUCAAUCAAAUCAUGAAGCAGAUGAAGGAUGAAGACGACUAUGACAGCAGUGAGUACGAGAGUGAUACAAACUUUGAUAUCAUGGCAUCUUCAGGGGAAGAAGAAGAACCAGAAGAAAUACAGGAACAAGAAGACCAUCAAACCGAAGAGAAUCCAGAAUACGGGUUUCUUGAAGAGGACUAUAACUUUGAUGUUUCCAAGAUUUCGAUUUCCAACGUGCGGUUGGGUCUUCAAAACCAGUACUACACCUGUUGCCCUGAUAUCAAUGGGACAUCAGAUUCAGUUUGGUUGGAUGAAGAGGAAAUCACAAGCUACGUUUCGGAAAAUGGAGUUAAAGCACAUAGGCUCAAGAGUUUUUUCAAAUUUCUUACCAAGGAUCUUAUAACAGAUGAAAAAGAUCAACCAUAUUACUCAGAUGUGUACAUAUCUGAGAGUUCAGAGGAUGAAGAAGAUGUCCCUGGUGAAGAAGAUGACAACUUGGACGAUUUGGUUUGGUUUACAAAGACAAUGUCGCAAAAUCCCCAUGAGUUGGACCUUGAACCAACAAAGUCCAUCCAGACAAAAGGCAAAGGAAAGAAAAAGCGAUUUGAUUUGGAUACUUUUGAGAUGGACAGCGACUUGAGGCAGACAUUACAAGAACAGUACUUAUCCCAAAGAGAGGCCAAGAGACUUCGAAAACAAGCUAAAGAUGACAAAAGAAUAGAAGAAGGUAUUGCCAACAAUGACUUAUUCCUCAAAUACCCAUACACUUUACACAUUAAAGACAUCAGAGACGAAAUGGAAGAAUUCCUUCACGAUGGUACCAGAAACAGAUUGAAGUUUCCUCCUUUGGAUCCCCAUGGAAAUAAAACUAUCAGCAAGAUGGGUGAGUGUUUCAACUUCAAAAGUAAAAGAUGCGGAGGAAACGGUUUACAUCAGUUCAUGGAAGUAGUGAAGUCCAAAAGGACAUUCCAAUAUAUUCCUGAUUACAACAAGGUCUAUGGGAUCUUGAAACAGAGACCGGUUUUCAAUCGAAUCGACCAAAAAAGACCAAAGGAUGAGAUUAUAGAAAGAGAUGGUAACAAGUUGAAAGAUAGAAAAAGAGCAAGGGACAAGGGUUCGAAUGCCAACGUCAGGGAAGGUGAUAUUGUUGGUGAAAAAGCUCCUGAAAUUGAUUCCAAUAAUGUUGGUAGAAGAUUGUUAGAGAUGAUGGGUUGGUCUAAAGGACAAGGAUUGGGUGCGGUCGGUAACCAAGGUAUCAAUGAACCUGUUCUAGCCAAGGUGAAAAUGAGCAAAUUGGGUCUUAAAUAGACCAGGUUAUAUUUAUUAUUAGAUCUAUAAAUGCAAAUGCGUUUCACCGUCUUUUCUUCUUGACUUUAUUAACUGGUGCAGCAUGCCCAGUUUCCUUGACAUGUUGGAAUAGUUUGUUACGAGAACUGAAACUGUUGUUGCAAGUAGCACAUGAUUCCAGUCCUUUUGCAGUAGAUUGUGAAGGUGAUGGCGAUGGAGAAGAGGCCCCUGGUAGAGAAGGAGUAUAUGUUCCCUUUUUCUCUGCCUUUUUCGUCCUUUUCUUGGGUUUUUUACCGGAAUUACUCCAGUCAUCUUCGUCGCUGUCAAGAUUGAUUCCAGAAGCCAAACCAGUGAUCUUCGAUAGCUCGUCCUCUAGAUUCAAGAUUGAAGAAGACUUCUUAUUUUUACCUUUAACCUUGGUUUUCUGGGGUUGAGAUGAGGAUAAAUCUUCACUGUAAUCAUCA